CGUCUUAAAACUCCUACCCCUCUUCUUCUAAGAAGUUAUUUGAGGGACGGCGAGAGUAGGUUUUAACUUUUUUUUCUUCAAUUUUAAUUUAUGAUAUUUUAGUAUGAUUUAAAGAUAAUUAACUAGGGCUCGUUAUACUACUAUAAAUAGAAGCAAGAGAAAGAUACCACCAUCAUCCACCACAUCCAAAUCAAUUAAGCCAUGGCCAACCUUCUCCAAACCCUAAUCUCCAUCACCCUUCUCCUUGCGGCCGCCGCCAACACGGCGCAGUCCCAAUCGACGACCUUCACCUAUGACUUCUGGGGCGACCAGCCGACUGAUCUCACCUACCAAGGCGACGCCCAUUUCCCGUCGGACUCCACCUUCCUCCGCCUCACCGACCUGCAGACAUACCAAGUCGGCCGGGUCUUGUACUCGAAGCCGGUCCAGUUCUCCCAAGCCGGCGGCCAAGUCGACUUUGAAACCACCGUAAACUUCAUCAUCACACCCAGCGCCACCAAUCUUGCCGCUGACGGCAUCACCUUCUUCAUAGCCCCCGUCGGCUCCACCAUUCCCAGCGGCUCCGUCGGGGCCAACCUUGGAAUCUUCAGCUCCUCCGGAAAUAGUCCCUCUGUCUUCGCCGUGGAGUUUGACACCUAUGUCAACAGCCCGUGGGAUCCGAACUACCCCCACAUCGGUAUCGACAUCGGAUCUAGGGAAUCCCGCAACACGACGGAGGUCGACGGCGCCAUAGUCGGACAGCAGGUGACUGCGCGGAUCAACUACGUCGGAGCCACGAAGAUGAUCACCGUCAGUGCCACCGCCGGCUCGAAGACGUUUGAGGUCAUCUAUGAGUACGAUUUGAGCGGCUUUCUUCCCGAGCAGGUUCAGGUAGGGCUCUCCGCCGCCAGCGGACUAAGCCAACCAUACGUCGCCAUCCAUGAUAUUGUCUCAUGGUAUUUCACGGCCACCAUGGUGGCGCAAAAUAAUGCCGGCGCGAGGAGCUGGAUGGAGCUGGCCGGCAACAUUAUUCGUCAAUUUGUGUGAUUUUGAGAUGUGUGUGUGUCGUAAAUAAAUAAGGACUAAGCGAUCGAGUCUGCUCUCGUUAAGUCUACAAAUAAGAUACUCGACCAUCUCAAUGUACGGACUAUGCAACAACGCAUUUGGGUAAUCUAUGGAAGAUUUCAUUAAGAACUUUUAUCGAACA